UGCAAAGAAAAUUUAAAGUGGACAAAAUCAUGAAGGUUUCAUCAUUUUUUCUCCACCUAACGCUAUUCUGGAUAACAUUAACCACAAAAAUCGUCUCAACAGCACCAAAGAACCCAAUAAAAACCAAAAAAUCGUUAUCCUAUUUCGACUUUCUUCAAAAACCAGAAGAAACCGACUUUUUAUCCUCAACUUUUCAACGAUUACACGAAAACAAAGAUCAAAAUGAUGCAAAUAACAUCAAGAAUGACGUCUUCUCUUUAACUCGGAGUUAUGGCGUUAAAAAAUCAAAACCAGCUUCAAACCAAGUCUUUAAUUCCCCGAUUUACUACAUUCGAUUACCCCCGCAACCUUUCAUGUUUAUCCCCGGAUUUGGUUACGUUUCAAAGCCGGAAUUAAACGUUCCGGAGUCGUUUUUGAACGUCCCCGUUGAUUUUAUAUCGAAUGGAAAACCCGGGAUGAUUUAUCAAUGGAAUGGGGGAUUUGUUGAUUUUCCAGCUAAAGAAAAUGAAGUAAAGAAGAUUAAAAAGACCAAAAUUAAAUCAAAAUCGGAUUCGAGGGUUUAUAAAAUUCCCGGGAAAUUUGUUUUUAAUGGAAAACCGAAUGAUGUGUUCGUUUUAACCGAUAAAUACGGAUUUUAUAACGAUGGUUUGCAAAGUUUUUAUCCUUAAAUGUAACAAAAAAUUUUUAAUAAAAAGAUCUCUUAUUAUUUUAUUGUAAA